AUGUCUAUACCGUACGAUUCUGCAGCUACAGCUACAGCACAAAAACAUCUGUAUGUGGUUGAUAGCAACCACAACUACAGUCACAACCUCAAUCACAAUCACAAUCAAAUUCCAAACAAAGAUGUGUUUGAACUGGUCAAGUCCCAAGAAUUGGAAGACGUGAGCUCAGCUAAUGCGUCUAGCGAUAACAAUAAAAACUAUGAUACUAGAGGAUUGAAACACGGACUCAAGGAUAGACACUUGUCGUUGAUUGCAUUGGCCGGUAUUAUUGGUCCCGGUAUUGCUGUUGGUGCAGCACAGGCCUUGGCCAAUGGUCCUGCAGCAAUGUUGAUUGGGUUUGGUAUAAUUGGUAUUAUUGCCUUGAUUAUGAUGCAAUCCUUGGGUGAAUUAACCACGUUAUACCCCACAGGUGGUGCAUUCUCGACAUUGGGUGCCAAGUUUGUCGAUUACGCAUACGGUGGUGCAGUUGGAUGGAACUAUGUCAUUGUGUGGGUCUGUGUAUUGGCCAAUGAGUACAAUGUUACUGCCGCCAUUUUGCAAUUCUGGGGUCCCCAAGUGCCACUCUAUGGCUACAUAUUGAUGUUCUGGGCCUUAUUUAUGGGUUUCCAAUUCUUGGGAGUCAAGACAUUUGGCGAAUUUGAGUUUUGGUUGGCCUUGUUCAAAAUCUUUGGGUUUAUUGCAUUCUACAUCUUUUCCAUUGUAUAUGUUUCUGGUGGAGUUAAGGGCACAAAGGCAUUUGGAUUCCAUUAUUGGAAUGAUCCUGGUCCAUUCAAGUCUGGGUUCAAGUCAGUUGCAAGCUGUUUCACGUUUGCUAGUACAUUUUAUAGUGGAACCGAAGUGGUAGCUAUUGCUGCUUCAGAAUCAAAGAACCCAGGUAGAGCAGUACCAUCAGCAAUAAGACAAACAGUGUGGCGUAUCUUGAUAAUCUAUAUUGGUAUUGCCAUUAGUUAUGGAUUAACUGUGCCGUACAAUGAUAGUCGUUUGCAAAGGGACACAAAGACAUUGAGUUCGCCCAUGACGAUUGCUAUCCAAAGAGCCGGAUGGGAAGGUGGAGCGCAUUUGAUCAAUGCAUUUAUUAUUGUUAUUUGUAUUUCUGCCAUCAACUCGUCGAUAUAUACUGGAUCUAGGGCAAUGGUGCAUUUAGCACAUGAAGGAUGUGCACCAUUCUUUUUCAAGUGGGUUACUAAGCAAGGUGUGCCCUGGGUUGCAGUGGUUGUGAUGAAUUGUUUGGGGUUGAUCUCCUUGAUGAAUUAUAGUACAGAUGCUGCCAAUGCGUACAGCUACAUUGUUAAUUUAUCAGGUGUGGCAGUGUUUAUUGUUUGGGGUAACAUUUGUUUUUACCAUUUGAGGUUUAGAAGAGCCAUGAAGUUGCAAGGCAGGUCAUUGGAUGAGUUGCCUUUUAAAGCGUGGGGAUACCCGUACUUGCCCAUUAUUGGAGUUAUUCUCAAUUUGUUUUUGGCCUUGAUCCAAGGUUGGCAGUAUUUCAAACCGUUUGAUGCAGGCAAUUGGGUCGACGCGUAUGUGUUGUUGCCCUUCUUUUUUGUGUUGUAUUUCGGAUUCAAGAUUUGGCACAAGUCGAAAUGGGUGGACUUGAAUGAGGUGGAUUUGGACGCAGGACGAAGAGCCGAUGUUGAUGUACAUGAGAAACCAAGCAGUAAAUGGAUUCCAUAG